UGCAAUAAAAAUGCUUCGAAAAGAUGCUUCUUCAAAUGAGAAAAAAAAAUUUUUAAAGGAAGCCAAGCUUAUGAAUCAUUUUCGACACAAACAUAUAUUAAGAUUGUUGGCCAUUUGUUUAGAUGGAGAUUCUCCGUUACUAGUGUUGGAAUUGAUGGAAACUGGUGAUCUGUUAAAAUAUUUGAGAGAUUGUCGAAAUUUGCAACCGUCAGAUUCGUAUGCUCUGCGUUUGCAGGAUUUGCUCGCCAUGUGCGAAGAUGUUGCGCGAGGUUGUUGCUACUUGGAAGAGUUGCGUUUCGUACAUAGAGAUCUAGCGUGUCGUAAUUGUUUAGUAUCUUCGAGAAAUCGCGAGAAUCGUGUCAUCAAAAUUGGAGAUUUUGGACUAGCCAGAGAUAUCUACAAGGAUGAUUAUUAUCGCGUGAAAGGAGAAGGUUUGUUUCCUAUUCGCUGGAUGGCACCAGAAUCUUUGACGAUUGGAAUAUUUACUUCUCGAAGCGAUGUUUGGUCAUUUGAGGUAUUAAUAUGGGAAAUUACAUCGUUGGGUGAGCAAUCUUAUAUUGCCAAGACUGAUGAAGAAGUAAUAAAUUAUGUUCGUGCUGGAGGCAGGUUGCCGAUGACUCUUAACUGUCCGUCAACGUUGUACCAGUUGAUGCUGCGUUGCUGGA